AUGACUAGUGAUUCGGAUAAUGAAAUGGAAAAUGGAAUGGAAGAAGAUAUUGAUAGUGAGUUAGAUGAUAUCGAACUUCAAAAAGCUUUUAAAGAAGGUCAUCUUAAACCUGGUUUAAAUGUCGAACAAAAAUCUAAACGACCAUUAAUCAACAACAAAGAAGCACUUACUGCUAAAUAUGCUGAAAUCUAUCUUGAUUUACCUUGGAUCGAACGACUCGAUUGUACUAACACUCCAUUACUUGUUAAUGAAGUUAAUUUACCUACAAAUGAUGAUGAAACACUUGCUGAUAAUGAUUUUAAACGCGAAAUGCUUUUUUAUCGUCAAGCUCAAGGAACUGUUCUUGAAGCUAUUCCUCGUUUAAAAGCAGAAAAAAUUUCAACUAAACGACCUGAUGAUUAUUAUGCACAAAUGACCAAAUCAGAUGAACAUAUGAAAAAAAUUCGAGAAUAUUUAGUUGAUCGUAAAUCUGAUAUUGAAAAACGUGAAAAAUUACGUAAAUUACGUGAACAAAGAUUAUAUGGUAAAAAAGUUCAACAAGAAGUUUUACUUAAACGACAAGAAGAUAAAUCAAAAUUACUUAAAACAAUGAAAAAAGUUCGAAAAGGAAAACAAGGUAGUAUGCAAGAAUUAGAAGAAACUCUUGGUGAUCGAAAAAAAAAUUUUGGAAAAUCAAAUGAAAAUGAUUAUAAACGAAAUUCAAAAACAAAUCGUAAAAUUGAAUAUAAAAAUAAAAAAUUUGGUUUUGGUGGUCGAAAGAAAAAUUCCAAGAAAAAUACUGCCGAUAGUUCAGCGGACGUAUUUAAUAAAAAAUCUAAUAAAUGGCAACGUCCAUCAUUUCAUGCACAAAAAGGCAAAAAGGGCAAACAAAAAUCAUCUCGACCUGGUAAAGAUGCUCGUCAAAAAGCACGAACAAAGAAAUAA